AUGGAGCGGAUAUAUUGUGUAUUUACAUGCCUAGAGCAAGACCGCAAAAAGAAUAAGAACUACAUAAAUAAUAACAAUAAUAAUGGUGAUGAAGAUGAAAAGAAGCUAAGGAUCUUCGUGUUUCAAGGAACAUAUAUAUUCUUUAUAGUUGUGAAUACAAAGAUUGAUUCCAUUUGGUAUGUAUGUAGACUCUGGAAUACACGCUGGGAGAAAGGCCGAAGAAGAAAAAUCAAAGUUUUUGGUGCCGGGUUCAAGGAUAAAGGAGAUUAUAAUAACUACGAACGAGAGGAGCAAGACGGUAGACAGUGCGCCACUGCAAAUAAAACGGUCUUACUUGUAUUGCGUAGUAUGCGCUUGAAUGGAUUACGUCACACAGCGGUCUCGGGUACUUUGGCGCUAGAGAUUUUAAGAGGUUAG